AUAGAUAACAACCUUAAACCAUUGCCUUGAAAGUUGGCCGUCACAACUUGUAGAAGUCCAGGCUAUUCCAAUGAUCACCGAUGUUUUCAGUUCUUGAUGCCAAGUCACUUUCCAAAACCAAGAGGAAGAAUCCGUCGUUGAAACCAGAAUACUUGAUUGCUGCGAAGGAUGAAAAAAACGGCUUUGAACAGAAACCUAUAAAGUUGAAUAAUAUAGUCAAGACCAGGUUUAGAAGCAAGGAUGGAUGUUUAAACUGUCGAAAGAGAAGAAAGAAGUGUGACGAGACCAUGCCCAUUUGUUAUGCUUGUCAAUAUCGACACUUGGAAUGCACUUGGCCCAAACACGUACAAGAACGAAUGUCAGAAUCUCCUAGUGUAGAUUCCACAAAAUAAAAUCAAUAGCAAAAAAGUUAUAUAUUGUAAUAUACAAAGCUAAUUC